ACAGUAUUAACAGACCGUGGUGUGUCUGUCUGAAUUACCAUCCAAAACUCUUCACACCUGGCUUACCACUAAACAAAACUUUGUGAAAUUUAUACCGUUUGGGGUCACCGUGGAUGCAUCAACGAGCUAUUUAAAUUGUGGUAAAUAGAUAAACGCAAUGUUUAGUGAUUAAUGUUUAUUUACAAGUUUACUGCACAUGCUACUGUUUGCUAGUUUUUCACGGACUCGUGAUAAUUAGUUCAGUACACAACUAACGCUUACAAAGUAAAAAUUACAAACCAUUGGGAUUUGUAUGUCAAUACUAAUUUAACUUGCAUAUACUAAUUUAACUAAGUGGGCACCCUUCGGUACAUGUAAAAAUGAAUCCUCAAGAUCCCCAAAAGAUUCUUCUAAACGGCACCUCUACCGUGUCUCUGCAUAAUCGUUUCACCGGUUUGCUGAAACAUCAACAGGCCGAUGUAAUGGACCUUACAACCAGAGUGAACGCGCAGAAAUCAGCGUCUAUGAAGAACAAGCGCCUGGCUUUGGAGAUGGCCAACAGACCCUCUGUGCUUGCCGCCCUCCGCAACACAUCUAAUAUAAAUAAUCAACACUGCAAAGUGAGCGUGAAGACGAGGCUGGGCCAACCCAUUGGGAGAGGAGGCUUCCAGGGGAAAGUAGGAGUAGGAGGCGUCAAUGGAGGUCUUAUUAAAGGAUUUUACACAAGGAGAGGUGUGAUUAGACUGCAUGGUGCAGCAGCCUCCACUUUAGGACUACAGCAGGGUUGGGGACAGAAAAAGCGUGGAGGCUGUGUCAACAGGGCUGGACCAACGAGAAUCAGAGGAGGAGGAGGAGGAGCCAAUAAAAGGACAGGCAUAAACUCUCCUGUAUGUACAGGUAAUAGUCAAUUUACAUCUGUCAGUGGGGCGUGUUCAGGAAACAGCUGGGCCAGGUUCAAAAGCAACCCAGUUCCUUCUCGGGAGGAAUUAGAUAAACAACUGGAUGAAUACAUGUCCACAAGCAAGAGUCAUCUGGAUGCAGAGCUUGAUGCAUAUAUGGCCCAGGUUGAUUUGGAGGAGAUAAUGUGAUGCGGGCUCUUUGCUUCAGCACUUAAGACUAUAGUUGAACAACAUACAUUUUUAAUUUAAGGUUGACUGAUGGUACAUAUAAUCUAAACUGGAGAUUCUGUAACAUUAAUAUUUGUACACACUGCAAAAAAAAAUAUCUAAA